AUGACUCCUCCUCGCCGCUCGUCUCUGGAUUCAUCAGCUGCAGAAAGUCAGGUGACGUCGUGGUCCAGGUCAUCCAAGAACACAGGGACCAGCAGCACGUGGAUCCGCCUCCAGCACAAGAAACCAUCAGAGUCUCCACACUUCCUGGCUUCACACCUCCUGUCUCCACACUUCAGGUCUCCACACCUCAGGUCUCCACACUUCCUGGCUUCACACCUCCUGUCUCCACACUUCCUGUCCCCACACUUCCUGGCUUCACACUUCCUGUCCCCACACUUCCUGGCUUCACACUUCCUGUCUCCACACUUCCUGUCCCCACACUUCCAGUCUCCACACUUCCUAUCUCCACACUUCCUGUCUCCACACUUCCAGUCUCCACACUUCCAGUCUCCACACUUCCUGUCUCAACACUUCCUGUCUCCACACUUCUUGUCCCCACACUUCCGGUCCCCACACUUCCUGCCUCCGAACUUCCUGCCUCCACACUUCCUGCCUCGGAACUUCCUGCCUCCACACUUCCUGUCUCCGAACUUCCUGUCCCCACGUUUCCUAUCCCUAUACUUCCUGUCUCCACACUUUCUGCCUCCGAACUUCCUGUCUCCACACUUCCUGUCUCCGAACUUCCUGUGUCCCCACUUCCUGUCCCCACACACAGAUGAUAGAAGAAGCUCGACGCCCAGAGCAGCAGAAAGCAGCAGCUCCAGUGCUGCAGGCCAAUCCAAGCCCAGCGGGCAGACGCACAAGAUCUGUUUGGUGUGUUCAGACGAGGCCUCAGGAUGCCACUACGGGGUCGUGACCUGUGGCAGCUGCAAGGUGUUCUUCAAGAGGGCUGUGGAAGGAUGGAGAGCACGACAAAACACAGAUGGCCAGCACAACUACCUGUGUGCAGGGAGAAAUGACUGCAUCAUUGAUAAGAUCCGGAGGAAGAACUGUCCCGCCUGCCGCUUCAGGAAAUGUCUUCAAGCCGGAAUGAACUUGGAAGCCUGGUUCAUGCUCCUGUUUCAAAUCGAUGCCUUAGCCCACACACCGGAUCGUAUGAAGCUGCCCUUCAUGACUGACCAGUGUGAGCAGAUGCUGAAGAUCUGUAAUGAGUUUGUUCGGCUGCAGGUGUCCUACGACGAGUACCUGUGCAUGAAGGUCCUGUUACUGCUCAGCACAGUACCAAAAGACGGCCUGAAAAGCCAGCCGGUGUUCGACGAGAUCCGGAUGACGUACAUCAAGGAACUGGGAAAAGCUAUCGUCAAGAGAGAAGAGAACGCCAGUCAGAACUGGCAGCGCUUUUACCAGCUGACUAAGCUACUGGACUCCAUGCAGGAGAUGGUGGAGGGUCUUCUCCAGAUCUGUUUCUACACCUUUGUGAAUAAAACCCUCAGUGUGGAAUUCCCUGAGAUGCUGGCGGAGAUCAUCAGUAACCAGAUACCAAAAUUCAAAGACGGGAGCGUCAAGCCUCUGCUGUUUCAUCAGAAAUGACUGCCUUAAACUGUGAUGCCUUAAAUUCUGCCCUCCCUGCGUACCUCUCCAGGGCCCCACGCUCGCCCCAGAGCCCUGAGCCUUUGCUUCUCCUGCCCCCCCCCCCCAUCACGCUGAUUUGAUUCCUCCUGUUUUCCCAGGCCUCCUUUAGGAAUUCUGCCGCACCCUCUCCAGGACUCAGCCGUUCAGCCUAAUCUCGGAGCACAAUACCUCCACCUCUUAAUCCUGUCCCCGCCUUGGCUAAACUUUGUGAUGGACACUUUACUGCCGACCUCAAAGGAAGAGUUCAGUCCUCCAGAGGAACCAUGUCGGCGGUUCUGUGGGCCCCUCUUCACGUCUCUCCGUCCACAGCCCCGUCCUCAGGAUCGGCUGCCUCUCUCCUGUUUGUGUUUAACACCCAGAGAUGACUGUCCCUCCCUCCACAUCCCAAACUGUCCAGCCUGUUGAAGCUCCUCCGCUCCCCGCCUGGCUGUGUCCGCCCCUCGGUCAGAAUGUAGUGAGCGUCACUCGUUUGGUUUGUGACGGGGACGAACAGAGAGUCAGAAACUCACUCUGACACUGAGAGUCUUUCUGUUUCUCCUUCAGAGGACGUCACGGAGGAACUGUCUCCUCUUUCGAUCAGUUCUCUGAGACGGUCUGAGGAGGAAGAACACAGAGAGGACUCUUCUUCUUUUAUUUGAUGCUUUUCUUCUGAACACGCUUACACACACUAACACACACGAUGUAUCCACACACAGUCACUCAGCGAAAUGUUUACACAGGAUGUAUCUGAGAAGGGAAAAAAACAGUGCCUUUUAGCUUUUUGAAGCUCUACAUAGCCAUCCUUUAUAAACCGUUGUUGUUUUGCAAAAGAAUGAAACCUUGACAUCCUUCCGCAUAUCUUUCUGUUUUAGUUUCUCCAUGCCGGCAGUUUUCUGUUUCCUCUCUGAGCAGCCGUUUCAGUGUUUUUAAUGUGGGCAGCUCUCUGUUCUGAAUCAGCAUAUGGUACAAAUACAAAAACCUCUACAUCAGCUUGAAAUGUUAAAAUCCUACGUGUAAGUUUUAGGUGGUGGAAAGAUGAACACUGCAUCCAAAAGACAGAAGAAGAAGAAGAAGAAGAAGAAGAAGAAGAAGAAGAAGAAGAAGAAGAAGAAGAAGAAGAAGAACACACUUCCUGUGUUUGCCCGUAUCUUUCAUGUAUUUCUCAAAUCUGUGAUUCAUUAUUUUAGACCGCCUCAUGUAAAAGAAAUAUCAAGAACCUCGAUUCUUUAUUAUUUAAGGAGCUUUGGAGAAGCUCGUGUUAAACGGACACCACUGGAAUUUAAUGUUGUGAAACAUUUUGACUCUUCAGGCUGGAAUUAUCUGAGAGUUAUGAAUCAGAGUUUAUUGAUCCUCCUUCUGACACAAACAUCCCCGCGCUGUUCAGCUCAUCCUCGUCACAGAUGUAUGUCACUGAAACAUUUAAAUCAACACUACGUGUAAUCAGGUUUCUGUGUUUGCACAGACAUGAACCAGUCCAACAUGGCUUUAAAGAGAAUUCAACAGUUCUAUUUAUUUUGUAUAUGAGAUGUAAAAACACCCUAAACGGACGGAGCAGGUAAAGUAUUUUUUUCAGACGAUGCAGUUCAGAGGAUUUCUGAAAGCUCAGGCUGUGAGUGACUCUAUCACCUCAUGUGAUACAAUAGUGCCAAAUGUAUUAGCUCUCUUUUCUACCUGGUUUUCUGGAGAUGUGAAGGCGAGAUAAUUCAACCUCACGUUGUUUUGAGAGCGCUCCUUUAUUUCAGAAUCACACCUACACCAGCGUAAACGUCCUGAUUGUGGUCCUCCAGAGAUAAGACAGACUUUUUAUGGAGAUGCACAAACACGUUGUAUUUUUAAGAUUGCGAGGUAAGCAGAGUUUUCUGCUGCUGUGCGACACGUCGGCGCUCUGCGCUCGGUACAUCUGUAACUUGGAAACGUGUGAACCAGCUGAUGUGACGGCCAAACGGAAACACGUGGACAGCACAGUUGUACAAACACCCCCCCCCCCUCUUCUUCAGCAGACGUGUUUCUCUUCCCCUCGGUGUUUCUUGUAACCGCCUCUAUGCCUGUCGACCUUAUAGCUGUUUAUUCUGAAUGGUACUCGUCCUCACCACGCAUAACCCUGAAUGGAGUUAACAGACCAGGUAGCAGGUUGCCAUGCGGACCGCUCAUCUGUGUGUUGAGGGAACAGCAGGCUCUCCACGCUAACGAGAAGAGCCAUCAUGUCACUAAUCAGCUGUUCCAGGAAAGGACGGUCCCUCGCUGCACGCCUGCUUUCAUGUACAGUGCAGGCUUUUAGCUUCACCCCGCUUUACUCGCUCUUGUGGCCUUGUGCUGUAAAAAAAAACCGCUCACUUCAUUGUUAAUUAUUCUGGGAAAGAUAUGACAGAACUGUCUCUUUGUUAACUUACAGUAUUACAGUCGUUUCCCGGUGGUGGUGGUGCUUCAGAAAACCAGCUUUAACGUGUUGAUGUUACCUUCCCCUGCUCCUUUCUAAACGGCCAUAGGUGUAUAUAGCAGCGCAGACAUAUCCAGUGCAAUGUAAACAGUGUCUCUUAUUACAAAAUAUUUUUACAUAGACAUAACCUCUAUACUCUUUACCUUUUCUCUUUUACCUUUCAGCUACAUGUUCGAUUAAAGGCCUUGUGAAAGGGAGACCGAGAGCCAUAGAAAUGAGAUUUCAAAUCAGGAAACAGAUGAACCCUUAACCAAUAUCAAUACUUUUGGAGAAUGAUCUAUUGUAAAAAAGAAAAAAAAGAAAAUAUUUUGUGAUUUUGAAUACAUCUGCUUGAUCCUCUUUGAUAUGAAUUAUUUUACCCGAUCCUUUUUGUACAUUGAACGAGUCGUUUGUGUUUGAUAAAGGUAGACGUGUUGAAGACAUUAGGAAGUGUUAAACAUGUUUGUCUUGUGAAGUAAAUGUAAAUUCUACGAGUCAAUGGGAAAGUCAUGAAAGCUCACUGUGUUUAAAGUUAUGAGGAGACGAGGGAGGGAGGGGAGGAGACGAGGGAGGGAGGGGAGGAGACGAGGGAGGGAGGGGAGGAGGUUUUGGUGGGAGGUAAGAGUGACCAAAGCAGAGGAGGGAUAAAACAAAAAGAUUUAACAAACAGAAGUAUUCAACCAGUUACAUUUUACGUAGCACUUAUUUUCCAACGUCUAGUACUUCUCCUUUUAUUUUGGAAGGUCUCGUUUGUAAAGGUCUGGACUUUGGCUCUCAUGUAUAUUACUGUGAGGAUGUUUCUGGUCACAAAGUAGAAAAAACAAAACAAAAAUCUCUGCGUGAAAGUGAAUCUACCAGAGCCUGACAGAAUUGCACUACCCUCAUAUUGGUUGAUAAAGUCUAUUUUGUAUAAAAUACAUGCAAAUAUUAUCUUUAAAGAUUAAGGGCAGAUCAUGUUUCACUGGUACAUUUGGCUAUGGCUUUCAUUGAAGUCCGUUUGGUUCGUAUUUCAGUUCUGUAAAUGUAAUCCAAUGUAAAAACAAACAAAAACAUAAAAUGUUUGUUUAAAAGAAUAAUAGUUUGUUUUACUCUGUAUUACACCUCUUCUGUAGUCAGUGUCGAUAUUUUCACCUCUUUGAUUAAAUGUUGAAUUCAGUGAUCUGUGUUGUUCUUCAGACGUGUGGACUCAUGUUUCCAUCAUCACAGGAGGAAAGGUGGACAUUCAGAAGAACAGAUUUCUCCACAAACAUCUGACACAAUAAAGUUUCCUGUUUUUAA